AUGUGCCAUUUCAUCUUCUUUAAUUUUUAUCUAACCUUUUUUUCCACUUUCUUCACUCACCUUAAUUGUCUUGGACAUUACUCCUUCAAUAACUCUGCUAAGUCCCACUGUCAGUCUCUUAACGACGAACUUGACUUGCUUAAAAAUUCUGAUAACUCACAAAAUGACUCUAAAAUCGACGAACUUAAAUCCCAAUUGAAAGAUCAUGUUGCCAAGUAUCAUUCCCUUUCUGAGUCUGACAGGACUGCCCAGCUUAAGGACAUCCACUCCAGGAUGGUGUCUCUUGCUGAGCUCAGUGGGAAGCUUGGCCAAUUUAUUGGCCAAAGUGACGCUGUUACUAACGCCAUUAAAAAUGGUAUUGACAGCAUUAUUGACAGUGAUAAUGAAUUCAAAAGCCUUAGAAACUCUCCGUCUCCGCCUGCGCAGUCUUCCGCUGCCGUGUCUGCUGAGCCUAUAAAUGAUGUGAAGCUUAGUAAGAAAAUUCAGCAAUUUGAAGAGAAAAUAAAGCUUCUUGAAUCUAAGAAAAAUGGCCAAAAUCCUCCCCUCUCCUCUGAAGAUUCUCGCCUUUUAUCCUCCUAUCAGUCCAAGUUGGAUGCUCUUCAGAAGCUGAGGAGCCUUAAUGACUCCUUGAAUUCUCUUAGUAGUAAUAAUGAUAACAAUUGUAAAAACCUUUUAGAUAACCUCUGCACAGGCCUCGAAAAAUUUCUCGGCUACGAGAAGGGGAAUUACACCGGCUCCGGCAUCGUGUACUCGGACCUUGACAGGCUGUGUGACGGGGUGAUGUCUUUCCUUCAUGGAGUUCUUGAGACGGUGAAGGAUGAUGAUAACGUUACAACUUAUGAUAAUGAUAAGUCUAAUGACAUUAAUAAUGUUCUUGACAAUUUACAUAAUAGUGUAGGUAAAGGCCGUGAGGCCUUCGGUGAAGCCGUGACUCAGGUGGAGGAGAGGACUAAUAAAGUGACUACGGAAUUAGGUAAAUACUACAAGGAAGUUCAAGGGUCGGACCUUUUCCCACUUGCGUACCAGUUAGAGGCUUGGAUGAGAACCGUCGAGUCCGUCGACUGGGACAUUAGAGACAUUAGCGACAACCACAGUAAUAUAUUAGAUAGCACACUUAGAAUACAAUUAGCGCACGAAAUAGCUCCAGUUAAGAAAGUAGUGGAGCACCUUAAGGGUGUGGCCAAAAAUAUGACAGACGGCAACAAGGUGAAGCACGUAGACGAUGAAAUUGCUGCAAAGGAAAAUGAGGUCACUCAGCUAAUUACUGAAAAAUGCCAACAGCUCCUGAAAGCCUUGACAGAGAGAUUUGACCUCAUUGAAGAGAAAACCAGGAAAUUCGGAACAGAGCGUGCCGAGCAGUUGGGACCUUUGUUGCAGUCUGUCAAACAGCUGGUUACGGAUGUUGGCCACGCGGAAAAGAGCGCGCAAGCCUUGGCGCAGCAUUAUGAUAGAGACAUUCUCAAUGGGUUACAGACAAUAAGUGGGAAGGCUUUCUAUCAGUGUUCAGCAAAAGGUAAUAGCGGUUUGGAUCAAAUUAUGGACGAUUUGGAUCGGGCGAAAGAAUCGCUUAGAUGGAUAUUAGAGGACAAAUAG